GCUGUCUCUGUCUGGGGGGGGAAGCAGAAGAAAGACAAAUACAUAUCUUGCUAUUGAUGUGUGCAGUGGGACAUCUCGUUCUGUUCUCGCCAUGUCCUCAGAUUCCACGUCAGCCAGCUUCGAGGCUCGUGAGCUGAGCUUAAUCUCUAAGGUGGAACUUAGAAUUGCUCUCGCUGAUUCGGAUGAGAAACUCCAAGCUCUUCUGCAGACAUACCUGGCUCCUCUGCUGUUGAAGCUUUGCUCUGAGAGUCUUGCUGUGCGCAACAAGGUCAUUGCAGUUUGUCAGCAUAUCAACACAAGGCUCAAAUCGCCAUCUAUUCGACUUCCCGUUGCCGCCUUGCUGAAGCAAUUUAAGGAGCAAAAGUCUCAGCUUCUUAGGCAUUUUGAUUUGCGAUAUAUUCAACUGGGUGUUGACCGACUCGAUUCUGCGGCAAGGGUCGAGGUCUUGAUUCCUUUGCUUCAAGGAGUCUUCGAGAUCGAAAGCUCUACGACCGAAAGUGCCAUCAUCUUCAAUCUUGUCCUACGGCUGCUGCCCCUGUUGAAGUUACCUCAGAAGGGUUCGGAGGAUGACAAGCAGUUGAAGCAUCAUCUUGGUCUUUCCGACCAGGACACUCACUUUCUGUCUGAAUGGUUCGGGAAGCUUCUUCUACUCUCUCCUGCUGGCGAAGAUUCGGCGACUUGCCCCGGUUUAUCUCCUGCAGAAUAUAAAUUUCUCAACAAGAAUGCACCUUUAAGCCAAACAUGGAACCCCGCUGCUGAGGGCGGCUUAAACCUCACUGAGACUAAGGCUACGGCAUUAAGGUUUUUGGCCAGCGGCGUUUUUGAAGAUUUCGAGCGGUUCUUGCCUGCUGUAAUCGCAUCUGCCGAUGUAAACUCUCGCAUUUCUGACAUUGGUGAAGAAAUCUUAAAACGGUUUACUCCUGACCUCGAAAAUCCUGAUGUUGUACAAUCCUUGUAUAACCUUUAUUUUGGCAAAGAGGCAGACGGGACCCCCCCGGCACGGCCCUCGCUGCAGGUCAGACUUUUACUUCUUCUGGGGAAGUCAGUUCAAGCGACCACCGAUACGCAAAAGAUAGUCAAGUUAAUUGAGGAUGGACUCCUAUCGGACUCUGCCAGAUCUUCUCAAGGAUUACAGGCCGUCAAACUAAGAACCCAAAUCUUCACGUUCACAACGUGGGUUGUGCGUAUGGGCUCUCCAACUGAUUUGAAGAGCAUAUCACCGAAGAUCAUAGCGGGCUUGAGGGAUUUUAUCCAGUCUCAGGGGUGGCCAAGUCCAGCGGCGAGCGGACAGAAGUUGCCCUCAACAGAUCUGAGUUUACGGGGCCUUGCCUACGAAAGCAUGGGUAUCCUGGUACCUAAAAUCGACUUCAGUUUGCAGGCUUAUCAUGAGGAAAACUUCGAAUUCGAAUUGAUCAGAUGGCUGUUUACGUCGCUGAGCUCGGACGAUUCAAGUAGUCAGAUCUCUGUCAGCAUUGAGCAGGCUUUAGGAAGCAUCCUCAAUUCCUCUCUAGAUAGUGGAAGCUCCCAUUUUCGGGAGCAACUACGUCCAUUUCUAGUUGAGAAGAUGAGCAACAGACCUGGAGAAGACGAUCCGACGACGGGGUUCAGGAUCAUCCGAAGUUGUCAUUACGCCGCUGUACGAUUCGCUAAUCGAUUUCUUCCCUAUAGCGAUAUUGUGGCACGUUGGGUCGGUCUUAUGGCCGUAUCCUGUGACACAGAAAGACAACAAGAGGUCGUCGAGGAAGGGAGGAAAGGCCUUCAUCCUUACUGGUAUCGAUUACUCAAUCCAAGCAAGGACCGGAAAUUGACCCAUUCACCAUCUGCAGAUGAUUCUUGGUUCACCCUCCCAGGAUUUUCAGAGACUACACGAUUUCUUCUUGGCUCAUCCGACUCUGCUCCAAGCUCGCAGGGCUCAACUGUUUCGCGACAACUAUCGGGGCCCUAUCGAAAGGCAUUCGCCCCUGCUAUUUCCUUUGUUCGCAAUAUCCUUCUUUGGGAGGCAUUUUCAAGCUCUUUCGCAGUCUCUGUUGAAAUGGAACAGGAUUGGGGCUGUAAGCUUGACUCGCUUCUUUCCUCGAAUGAGGCAGCCCGAGCGUCGUUAAAACAAUAUAUCAAGAAAUCCGAUAAAGAGCCACUGUUGGUAUUUCUCAAUCGCGCAUUCGACGGACUUGUCAGGGGCGAAAGAGAAAGCUCACGGCAAUGUGGUAUUCAUUUUGUUGAGAUUUGUUCUCUGGCUUCUAACGACAUUGUUGGGGCAUUGUCUUCACGGUCGCUUUUUUUGAGGGAUCCUAUAUAUUGCAGCGACCCAGAGACACAAAAUAUGGCAGCAAGGGCCUUUGGAAUUUUGGCAUCUCAUCCAUCAUUCUCUGGAGAUGACUUGAGGGAGAUUGUGACGGAUCUGAUCUGUUGCUGUACGGAGUGGGAAGUCGCCGUUGGCGAGACCACAUUCAAGGUCCGAGGCGCAAUCCUUGCAAUGUCAUAUCUGCUAAGCAGACUUGCUGCUCGGAACUUACUGUACAAGGUAUCAGAGGUACAGAGAAAGCAAUUUGUCGACAAUGUCUUUUCUAUACUCCUUAGGGUUCGCGACUCUUUUCUCCGGCGAAGCGCGGAGGUGGCGGUCAGUCAAUUCAGUCUGUUCGGUAUCUUGUCGCCUGCGAUGUUGCCUGAAUCUAAGUGGAAAGAGGUCAAAGAAAAACUCGUGAAGGAAGCAAAGUCAGAAAGUGAAAUAUCUAUCAAGACAUUGGGGCUCGUUUCCCUAAUUUAUCCUAAGAGUGACAGCGACGGGCUACAAUUUAACGAGGUAUUACGUUCCAUUUACAAGUUACAUGAGAUCCGCAGCCCAGAAGUUCAGUUUUCAGUUGGUGAGGCAUUGAGCACAGCCGCUAUCGGGUGGAGUUCGAAGUCACUGAUCCAGGAAUUUGAUGUGGAUGAAGACUUCCCUAUGUCAAACAUCCCUAGCGCAGUGCUUGCAGAAAUGUGCGAGAAGGUCAUAUCUGGUUGUGGCGAGUCGAAGCCAUCGCUCAGAAAGGCUUCUGCAAUAUGGUUACUGUCUCUGGUAAAGAAUUGUGGUCACAUGCAAGAAAUGCAGGCACAUCUGCAUGAAUGUCAAGCUACGUUCGCAGGACUUCUUGGAGACCGAGAUGAAGUGGUGCAAGAAUCCGGAGCCCAGGGACUCGGGCUUGUCUACGACAUGGGGGAUCAGGAACUCAAAGAUGAUUUGGUGCGGGACUUGGUUAAUUCUUUCACAGCAAGCAGUCCUGGCCUCGGGGGAGGCAGGGUCAACGCCGAAACAGAGCUUUUUGACCGGGGUUCUUUACCUACCGGGGAAGGGUCAUCAGUUAACACUUACAAGGACAUAAUGAACCUCGCUGCCGAGGCUGGGGAUCCGACGCUGGUGUACAGGUUCAUGUCGUUAGCAUCCAACAAUGCCAUCUGGACGAACCGUGCAGCCUUUGGAAGAUUCGGGAUCAGCAACAUUCUCUCUGACUCUAGCGUGAAUGGCUACCUGGCAAAGAAUCCUAAGAUCUAUCCCAAACUAUACCGUUAUCGAUUCGAUCCGAACCCAAGCGUACAGCGUUCCAUGAAUACAAUCUGGAAUGCGCUUGUUAAGGACUCCACGGUGGUUAUCGCUGCCCAUUUUGACGAGAUUAUGGAUGACUUAUUGAAAAGCAUGAUGACAGGACGAGAAUGGAGGGUCCGGCAGGCUAGCUGCACUGCCAUCGCAGACUUGAUACAGGGCCGCCAACCGGAGACAUACGCCAAAUAUGUGGAUGAAAUCCUUACAAGGGCAUUCCGAGUUUUGGAUGAUAUCAAAGAGACCGUUCGACUCGCAGCUCUUGGGCUUUGUCAAACUAUCACCAAUGCAAUCGUGCGUACUUUAGAAGCAGGAGACACGAAUCUGAAAAGGGCCAGUGCUAUGUUAAGCAAAGUCAUUCCGUUCCUACUCAGCAACCAGGGGAUUGAAUCUAGCGUGCAGGAAGCUCAAGCCUUUGCUAUUAACACCCUGAUACGGAUGGUCAAAAAGAGUCCCGGUGGCUUGCUUCGUCCAUUUGUACCUGAGAUAUUGGAGAGCUUCCUGAAUUCCCUGAGCUCAUUGGAACCCCAAGCGGUUAAUUACGUUCACCUUAAUGCCGAGAAGUACGGCCUUACCGGACAAGAAAUUGACAAGAUGAGAUUGUCGAGCGUCCGUUCGUCUCCUAUGAUGGAAGCCAUUGAGCACUACUUAAUAGACAGUCUAGACGAAGGCAACAUGAAGGACCUCGCAGCGAGACUCGAACGUGUGCUUCGUUACUCAGUUGGACUCCCGUCCAAGGUGGGAUGUAGCCGUGUGCUCGCCCUUCUAAGCAUGAAGUCCAUGCUUUUCCGUCCUUAUGCGGAUCAUUUCAUCCGGCUGCUGAGCAAACAUGUGGUCGACCGCAAUGACACUGUUAGCGCUUCCUACUCUACCUCUAUGGGGUACCUUACACGGUUGGCCUCGGACGAUCAAGUCUUGAAAACGAUGGAGUAUACCAAGGACCUUUACUUCACGUCUGAAAACGUUUCUCGUCGUGCAAUUGCAGCAGAAAUCCUGUAUUCAAUGUCCAAGCUGGCCAAUGAUCGAUUCAUGGCCUUUGCCACCACGGCUUUGCCUUUUGUCUUUGUCUGCAAACAUGAUACGGAUGAGCAUGUGAGGGAAGUGUUUGAGAAAACCUGGCAAGAUAAUGUAGGUGGCACCCGUACGGUAUUACUGUAUCUCCGGGAGAUCGUGGAUCUGGUCUCGGGCAACUUAGACUCCCCCCGUUGGGACAUCAAGCACACGGCAGCGCUUGCGGUAGCGAAGACAGUCAUGUCACUUGAUAAGGAGCUCGAUCUUCCUACCAGUAAACUAGUAUGGCCGGUUCUAGAGAAGGCGCUGGCGGGAAAGACUUGGGUUGGCAAAGAGGUUGUACUGAAAGCUUUUGUGAAGUUUAUCAGCCAAGCUAAAUGUCUGUGGCAAGAAGAGAAGAUUGGCAAUUCAGUUAAAGCAAUUGCGAUUCGAGAGGCAAAGCGGAACAAUGCCACAUAUCGACCGCAUGCUCUUACGGCUUUUGGUGAUAUUUCGCAGCUGCGGGAUGAUUGUGACUUCAUGCCGGAUUCUCUGACCAUUGUGCGUGGGGUUCUUGAUGAAGUCCUGGAGAGCGACGGGGACCGGAUGGAUAUCGAUGCAGGCAGCGGUUAUAGAUCUGGACCUUCAGAUACCUUGGCAGCAUGUGUAAAAUGCCUUCUGCAGUGCAUCAACCCGGAAAUUACUAUACCAGCAGAAACCUUAGAAGGUCACCUGGUGGAAAUCACUUCUCUUGUCCAUAAGGCAUUGGGCAAUGGUGACAGAAGUGUACAGAUCGCAUUGUUCCAGGGACUACAAUCGCUCUUGACGAGGCUGGACAGGUGGAUUCCGCAGAGCGAUGGCACUUUCAAACAAGCCGAGUUCCAGACGUCCUUGGAGUCCUCGGUGGAAGAACUGUUGUUAUGCAAAGUCGAUGUUUCGGUGGAGGCAAUCCGAAAGGAACGGGCACAAGCAACACUGGCAUACGCACAGCUCAGUAAGGCAGGAUACAUGGCGCCAGAACGGCUCCGACAGACUGUCGCGACUUGGUGGGAAAAGGAGAGAUCGGAGACAGUCCGGCGAGUCCUUGGGAAUGCUGUGGAAAUUCUCACGCCACGAACGGACUCACAGAGUAGGGCAUGAUGGGACUGCAGAGCAUCAUUGCCGCAUAGCUAUUACAGUAUGAAACCGAUUUUUAUCUGAUCCUGACGAUCCAUCAGAUAAUCGCUGUCUUCCCGGCAUCGGAUGAUGCUUUUCGUUUACUUUUACUUUUUUUUAUUGUAAUAUUAUCAUCUCUGCCUCUCCAUCCUGCAUCGACUGAUACUGGUGGAUCCUCGGAAAGCCUGUGCUUCGAACAGACACAGAGUGCUGUCUUACGCGCUGCUGCGUGUCGGUGGAACCUGCAUGCAACGCUCGUAUUGCAGCCAUGAUUGAUUAUUGAUUCGAUUUUCAAGCUACGAGAACAGGAAAAAGGCUAGCGAUACUAGUGAAUGCAGAUUCGGAUUGUAUAGGCUUUUUAUUAUCAUUAAUUAUUGUUAUUUUUCUUUUCUUUUC